AUUUAGGUAUCACCAGGUUUUCCAACCAUGUCGAUAAUUUAACACACAGAAACAACUUGGAUGUACUGUUCAGUCAAAGGUGUUUUUGGUUAGAGUUAUUACUGUUGCCACAGUAACCAGUGUGUGGCUUGGAUUCUUGUUGGCAAGGAGCUACUUUAAUGGAGGAUAAUGGGCUUAUAAGCUAUACAUGCUAUGGGAACCCGUAUGGAGUCUUUUUUUCAGAUUCACAAGUACCUGAGGGUUAAAGCACAAAGCCAGGCACUGCCCCAUUCCAGCUAUAUUUUUAAUUAUACCUGCUGUAUCAGAACAUGUCUUAAUUCAUUGUUUAAUUCCUAGUUCAUUUGCAGACUUGUUACACUAUUUGAAUGAUAUAUAUUAUGUUGUUUUGUGCUGACAAAGAGCUGUACAAGUUCAGAGUUCUGACAGGAAACAGGAAGCUGUGAAGUUUCUAUAAUACUGUGAGAAACACUGGCACGCUCUCUGGCUCUAUGAGAAGAUGCUUUAACCCCUUACAUUCACAGAUUUGUUUUGACAUUGAGCCUAAAGCAUAUUACUGAGUAACUACUGAAUAAUAAUGGGAACGAUGUGUAGUUAUGACAUGUAUGUAACUUUGGAUCUGGGAUGUUAAGAAGUUAAAGAUUAUGAUUGUAAAUUUCCAUUUACUUAGAAUUAUGUGAUGGCGCUUAUUCAUUUAGGGUGGUCGGCUAAGCAUAUAAAACACUAAUCUAUAACAUCAGUAGUAUAUUCACUGUUCUGGUGACUGAGCUCCAGGUUUGUUUGGGAUGGUUUGAGUCCUCUUAUAUAGUUGAAUGAUUGAUGUCUUUGUCAAGCUGUUUUGGUAAUAGAAGAAAAAAGUUCUUAAGACAAAAGAGCUGUUUGGAGUUGAAAUGGUUGGUGGAGUAACACAAGUCACCAUUCUGCCAUUAAACAGGUGUGUAAAAGGAUCCUAGCUGUGUUAAGAAUGAGCCUAUGAAAGUACAGGAGACACAAGGGACUGGCAUUGUGGUGAAGAGAAAGAGCGAGAUUGGAAGUCUUGUGGUACAGGGAAUAUUUUUACAUCUUGAAUACUUCAUUCUGUUCGAGUCACAGUUUGAGAUGAACAUGACUAAUAUUUUCCUUUUUGGAUGUGAGUCUAAGUCAAACAAAUGGAAAUGGUUUUUUCGCACCACAUCCUCGAUGUUAAGAGUUUGCCAUGAAAAUUUAGCUCAUUACAGUAACUUAUCCAUACACUUCACUCUGCAUCCCAGAGUGAAAGGGAUUAGUGAAGUGGGCAGACUUUGGAAUUGAAGACUGACUUGAGUAAUUGUUUUUUUAAUGACUUCACUUCAAACCUUGUGGCUUUUCUAAGUGUACUUUUCUGUUUUUACUUGUAAUCUUGAAUAGCCAUGUAACCUGAGAUUUUUGCAACUUAAGAGAUUUUAGUCACGGGUUCUUUUAGCAGGUGUUAAACAGGUGUCAAGUAAGCUUGUUUACAAGUAGUAUGCUAUGCAAAUAAUCUUUAGUCAACCAUGGCCCUGACCAGGGUAAAUCGGUUACUGAAGUUGAAUGCAGUAGAAUGAAUCUUUAAUUGAUUCUUGCCCAUUAGGAUUGAACAACUUACUUACACAACUCCAGCUCAAAAUGGUUUUGUGCAUGUCUUGGGUGGGUAUUAUAAAAAAAAAUAGAAAAAAAAUGUUUUCAUGAUAGCUGAUACACUAUAUCAUGAUAUAUUUUUACAUUCAUAAGUAUUACAAAGAUCAUUUUAAAUGGAAAAGAGGACAUUUUAAUAGCCAACCUGCUUCUUUUUACUCUACAGUACUCUCAAAACAGCAUUUUAGAUGUAAUUUACCACAGUGACAAUAACAUAUUUUGUUAUUGUACGUUCCUACUGCAUAUCCUUCUCAGUGCCUUUAUUUUGCUUUGGGAGCCAAGCUUAACCAACGAAAAAACACAAAUAAAAUGAAAGCAUUUUGUACACAUAUAGCAGUUAUUUCACAAAGAUUCCAACGAGAAGAGCGAAGAGCUAGUAAUCAGUGUAGGGCUGCUGGAGCAAUGUAACUGUAAUACAUCACUGCUAUACACACCCCAACAUGUUAGUAAUCACAGCCAGGAUACACCACCACUUCUGAUUUAUGCUGUCUUGAUCUGUUAGUCAAUGAUAAGAUAUCUGUUUAACUGUCUGAUAUGCAUGUACAUAGUUAUUUUUAAUUGCACAGAGUCCUGUUCCUGUGCUCUGCUCAUUGCAGUGGAUUGCAGAUUAGAAACUGUACUUAUGGUCAGUUUUACUCUGUCAUUCACUAAAUAUUUCAGAGGCCUUGCCAUUCACGGACCUCUGCAGUAGAAUACCGACAUAUGAUUAGAUGUUUGUAAAUGGCUCCAUGGUUUCUGGCGUAGCUGCUUGGUUAGAUGAGGUUGUUUUAUAGCUUUGGAAAAGAACAGAAAGGAAAGCAGUCGAACCGGCUCAGUCAGUAUGCCUAAUCAUCUCAAUCCCCUCUUCAGUGGAAAAAUAAAAACCUGAACUAGACAGUCUGGAACAAAUAAAGCACAUGUUCUCUGUUGUCGCAGAAUUGGUAUGACUUGUCUAUGACACUAGUGCUAAUGUUUAACAGUAGUAAACUGACUUUUCUUUUUCUGGCUACUAUUAAUGCACUGUUUUGGAUUUCAAUUUUAUAUAACACCAUGCUGCUGAAGUUCACAGUGAAAAAGUCAGUCCAGAGGCUGAGAAAUCCACCAGCGCAGACAAUGGAGUAGUCCAGACUGAAGUGCUAUCUCCAUUCCACAGUCUCAGUCCCGUGGUGGAGGCAGACACACAAACUCAUGAGGACGGGGGCGGUAAAGAAGAGGAACUCGAGUUUCCCCAUGACCUGCUGCCCAGCAUAGAUCUGAGCACUGAGCUCAAUCUCACCUGGGGAGCGUCACUCAGCAGUAAGCCGGGUGAGCAAGGAGAUCCCCUGCUGGGAGAAGUGCAGCAUUACAUGGAGGCCAGUCCACCAGUGGUGGCCACUGUAACGAGCCAAGAUGGAGAGGCAGUUUCCACGGAGAGCUCAUCUCUUCCACAGCUCCAGUCAGCUGGAAUGAUUCAGGAAAAUGCACCAUCACACCAGUCCUCAGCAACGCUGCUGGACCGUGAGCUCCAAGAAGCCUUUCAGGAAUGUGAGGAACAAAUAGCCUCUUUUGGCAUGUCCUCACACUCAAUCACUUCAUGUAGUACAGAUCAGACUGACAGCCGUCUGUCAGAGGCCGUGUCUGCAACUGAUAAUGAGGAACUCAAGAGUGCAAAUAUCAAGGAGGAUCCUAUGUCACUGCCAAUUUCACUUGCAGAAUCUCAAACAGGAUGUGACCUGGGUUGCCAUGGAAAUGUUGGAGCACAAACUACUGAUUUAGCAUCUUGUACAGAGGAGGCUGUGUUUUCCUUUAGAGACUAUGUACUAGGGAAAACACAGCCAAAACAGGCCAAGGCCGAAGAUCGCAAAGAACACAGUGAGAAAUUGCAUAGUGAACCAAAGGAAGAAUUUCAGAAAGAACCUGAAAGGGAAACAUACACUGACACAACAAAAUCCGAAAAUGAAGUAAAUAAAAUAUAUGAAUUACAGGAAGUACCAGAAGGUGUCAGCUUAGUAGCUUACAAAGACUCUCAGAAUGAGGAGAGUAAAACUAUAACAAGUCCAGUGGAAAAGCCACAGAUGACACCUGAAACAAGCACACAAAUUAUUACCACUACAAUCAUAGAUAAUAAAUCACUAAAAGGAUUUUCAACAGAAAAUGUCAUUAAUCAUUGUUCAGUGUCAGAGAACUCGGAUUGGGAUGGGAUACAACUAAACACACAGACAUUGCUGGAGUCAGAGAAGCAGGUACAAAUUAUUACUCAAACAAUGGCUCAGUCAGAAACAAACCCUGAUCUUAAGACAAACGCAGUUAAUCAAAUAGAGUUGUUAGACACACUUGGACAGCUGGGGCAUCUCUGCUGCUCACCUCCAGGGUUUUUAUCUAAUCAGGCUCAUCUUACCCCACUGGAGGCUACACCUGCCCCCACAUUGGACCAUCUGCAGGGAACUGAACAACAGGGUAACUGUAUUGGGGCAGAUGGACCCUGUAAGUCAAUAUCAGAGCAUGAAACCCUAAACCUCAACUCAACAAGCGAAGCUGAAGAUGAGAAAUGUUUAUAUAAGGUAUCUACUGAUAGCACUGUGAUUGAAUUUAGAGAUGUUAAAGCCAAUGAACAUGAGCAUGAAAAGAGAUGCAGUUCAGAGGCAUGCCCACUGGAGGAGGAGGCGGAGGAGAAUGUGUUUUUUAUUGGCGGUGAAGCUGGCACACACACAGUGGUGCGGGGGAAAACACACUCUCUGAGCAGAACUAGUACUAAAGGGAUAAAGACAGAGGAGGAGAGUGCCCUUGAGGAGGCUUCAGCAUCAGCCGUUGAUUUCACACCGCCACUGACGACAUCCACAAUGCCAGAAAUGAUAGAAUGUGAGGGAGUGGGAGAGAAGGGAACUGGAGAUUCAGAAAGAGUGAAGAUAACAGAGAAAGGAUAUUUAGAUGGAACCAUAGAAUUACAGGAAACACAUGAAUCUCUGUGUUCUGAUGGAAAACAGAGUGAAAUUAUUGCAGCAGAAGUGCAAUUAUGUUCGCUAAGCUUUCCAGAGACUGAGAACUCACCUGCAAAGGAAGCUAAGGAGGUAGAAGCAGCAUCUCGGGUGAGAUGGAGCAGCAAAAUGAUACAAAACUCUGAAGGGAAUGAAGAGAAGGGAGGAGGUCUGCCAGUUGAUUGCUCCCUGGGGAUGGACUCUCUCUCUGUAGCUGGCGAGAAAGAGACAGGCACAGCCAGUGUCGUGGACAUGACUGUGGUCACAGCCUCCACACCAGAGUUUAAUGACAGAUGUGAUUGGAAGAGAAAAAGCUCUGAGUCACUGGAGGAAAGGCGAGGGGGAGGAACGGAGGAGGGGAGAGGGAAAGAAAGGGGUGGAGCAGAGACUUUAAACAGAGAGCAGGCACUGUCCUUGACAGUGACUAAAUCGUAUCCUCUCCAUGACAACGGAGUGACACUGGUGGCACCGCAGCAAAGGGGUGAACUCGUCACUUUGGUCGCAGCAGACAUAGCUGACAAAGCCUUACCUUUGUUGACCAGCAGCAAAACAAUUGCCAGCAGCUUGAUCAACCCCUCCUCUCCUGUCUUCCUCUUAAACGCCACAGAAACAGAGAGCAAGGAAGCAUCAGAGAAAGAGGCUCAUCUGAACGAGAGUUUUAAUGCAUUGGGUGAAAACCAGCCAAACAGCGAUAUUUCACAUCUGCCAGCUGCUUCAGCAGAUGGUAAAGAGCUUGCUGCGCAGACCAACUAUCAACAGGUACAGAAUACUUUGUGGAUUCAAACUGAAAUUAGCAGCACCCAACAAAACAAGGCGGGGACAGGAAAAGACACGUACCAUAAGAGUGAAGACCAGCACCCAUCAUCUACAUCUCAGCUGGAUAUGAGGAGCAGCACUAGAAGUUUUAACAGUGUGGAGGGGGGAACUGGGGGAGAUCAAGAUGAUAUGCCACGCCAGAUGACUGGGUUUGCGUCUCUGCCGCCACUAACAGUUCAUGAGAAUCUGUGGCACCCAGUAAGUGAGACAAGCUUUAGCUUUCAGGGGUUAUUUAGCAACAGAAAUCCAGACCCACCCCAAAAAGCAGUUUGUACCAUGUGUGAAAGCACCAGUGAGACUGAGGUGACGGAGGAAAACAUGGCUGUGAAUGAAAAUCCUGAAAAGCAUAUUGAUGGCAAAAAGGCAAAUGAUUCAAAAGAUAAAACUACUAAUAACAUUAUAAUGAGUGCUGAAGAGACACUGAAGAGUGUGAAUACUGAUGAUACGAAGACCUCUGAGAACAAUGCAGUGAACCAAAAUCCUGAUCUGUGUUUGAAAAACAAAGAAGAGAAUCAAGGAAAGGAUGAAAUUAUAAUAAUCACCCAGAGCACCCUGGAGCAUAAACCUUCAUUAGAGGAUACUAAUGAAAAAGGGGUUGAACUGCAGCAUACUGUUAUUGAAGAGGGUGGACGUGAUAAAAUGAACCUCUUCAGUCUUUCUGACCCCGCUGUGUCUGAGGUUGUGCUCCCUACCAAAGAGGUGGAUGGAAGGGAAGCUAAAUCAAUGGAAUAUGAUGUGAGAGAAACUUGUGAAGAGAAUUUCCAUAGCAUUCUGAGUCACAGUGUACAGCAGCAGUCCAAGUUAGAGCCGCAAACUUCAGAAGAUGCUUCUCAGGAACACUGUAUAAAAUCUGAGGAAAAACCCCUCUCCUGCUCAGAUGGAGACGGCAUGCUGUCCAGUCACUCUACUGACAGGAUUGGCAUAUCCAAGCAGGACCUAAAAUCAAAUACUGAACAACCCUGUGUAAUUUUCGUUGGAUGUCCUCAAGCAAAAUGUGAAGAGCACAUGAGUGAGCUCCAAUAUCAAACAGAAUCCAGUCAUGACACUGGACCAGCUUCAGAAGUUGCCAUGGGUGUUGUGAGUACAAAAGAUCCUACGCCUACUGCUAUAAAAGUAUCUAGUGCAGUGGAAGGGAGCGUACACUCUGCCAGGGCCAAUAUUCAAAGUGAUACUAAAGUGCCUAUUGUGCUCAGGCCUCCUGGCCCUAUGAUGAGUCACUGGGAGGUCAUUAAUGACUAUAAUGUUUCUCUCCCAGGAGAGGAAAUGAAAUGCAGCCAGGAAGUUAAUGCAGAGACGAGCAGUAAGAUUGUAAAAACCGAUACUGUAGAAAAACCAGAACCUGUGGAGACUACGGGAGAAAAAAUAGAAAAUAAUACCAGCCUUUCCUGUAUGAAUGUGUUAUUCCCUGAUAUAACUGUGACGGCUUCUUCCGUGCAGGAUUCCAAGUUAGCAUCUAAUGAAGUGGAAGGUACUAAUUUGACUUCAGGCAGCCUACAUGGUGAUGACAACACAAAUGAGAGGAUAGAUUUUGUGGCGCUUAAGAACUCUAAAGAUGGAAAACCUGAAGUGGAUUUUAAGCCUGGGGCACCUGAGAAACUGUUAAGUACUGGUCAUGAAGAGGAACCCCUGUCCUGCUCUACACCAUCUGCUGCUGAAUGCUCCAAAGCAGACAACACACUGUCAAGCCAGUCUAUUAACAGUACAGACAUAUCUCAACAGGACCAGAUAUCAAAUACUGUGAUCUUGAAGGAAUGUUCUCAAGCAAAACUUGAAGAGAACACGAGUGAGCUGCAAUAUCAAACAGAUUUAGGUCGUGACAGUGGAACAGUCUCAGAAGUUGCCAUGAGUAUUGUGUCUAUGAAGGACCUCACGCCUCCUGAAAUAGAUGUAUCUGGCAUGGGGGAAGGGGGAGUUUCUUCUCCCAACAUUCAAAGUGAUCCUAAUGUAUCUAUUGUGCUCAGGCCUCCUGGCCCUAUGAUGAGUCACUGGGAGGGCAUUAAUUAUAAUGUUUCUGUCUCAGAAGAGGAAAAACAAUGCAACUAUAAUAAAAUCAGCACUCUGAACAAUGGAAGUGUUGAUGCAGCAGAUAUGAGAAAUAAGAUUGUGAAAACUGAUACUGUAGAAAAACCUGAUGAGCAUUCUGAAUCUGUGGAGACAAAGAGAGAGAAAAAUGAAAAUAAUAACAGCUCUUCCUGUAUGAAUCUGUUAAUCCCCAAUAUACUAACUGAUGUUGCUUCUUCUGAGCAGGAUAUCAAGUUAGCUUCUAAAGAAGUAGAAGGUACUAAUUUGGCACCAGAUAGUUUACAUAGUGACGAAAAUGCAAAUAAGAUCAAAUCAAGCCAGUCUACUAACAGUACAGGCAUAUCCCAACAGAUCCAGAAAUCAAAUACUGUGAUCUUGGAGGAAUGUUUCCAAGCAAAACCUGAAAAGAACAUGAAUAAGCUUCAAUAUCAAACAGAUAUAGAUCAUGACAGUGGAGCAGAAGUUGCCAUGAGUAUUGUGUCUACAAAAGAACUCACACCUCCUGAUUUGGCAGUAUCUGGCAUGAGGGAAGGCGGAGUUUCAUCUUCCAAUAUUCAAAGUGAUACUUUAGAAACACCUAAUGAGCAUUCUGAACCUGUGGAGACAAAGAGAGAAAAAAUUGAAAAUGAUAACAGCUCUUCCUGUAUGAAUGUGUUAAUCCCAGCUAUAACAACUGACAUGGCUUCUUCUGUGCAGGAUACCCUGUUAGCAUCUAGAGAAGUGGAAGGUACUAAUUUGGCACCUGGCAGCCUAUGUAGUGAUGAAAAGGCAAAUAAGGGGAUUGAUUUUAUGGUACAAGAGGACACUGGAGAUGAAAAACCUGAAGUGGAUGUUCUAGCAAGGGAACCAGGGAGACAAUUAAAUACUCAUCAUGAAAGGGAUACAAGUCCUAUAAGACAAGCCACUGAGCAAAAUACAGAAACUCUACCGCUUAUUCCACAACACAGUGAUGAUAGCAAAUUCUAUGACAAAUGUGAUGCUAUUUCUAAGCCAAAUGCGUCAAUAGCAGAUAAAGUUUACCCUUCAUUUGGAUAUGUCAGCUCUGAAUCAGAGGACAGAAUGGCUGAUAUUCAGUCCUCACCAUCUGCCCAUGCAAAGCCGAAUUCCUUGGUGGAGGCAGACACCUCUAUGGCUAAGGAAUACUGUGUGAAUGAACUUUCCACUGUGAUACCACAACACUCAAGCCCCAAAACUGCUGCCUCUGAAAUCAGCCCUGUCCUAAAUCAGGUGCUGAUAGAGGAUGCAAGUAGCUUGAGUAAAGAUGAUACAGUUAGAACAAAUAAAACAUAUCAAGAACAUACUGAAGAAGAAAAUCAAGUGAUUAAGUUGGAGCAUCUUGAAAAACCAGAGUGUGCAAAUGAUGCUAGUCUAUUCAAAGAACAAACCACUAUAGAUAAACUUAAUGUCUCUGAAAAUAAACUGAAGUGUGAGCAAUCAUUCAGCAACAUAGGUACAUUGGAUAAUGGACUGUCUGGAAACCUUAUAGAAGAGAUAAACAAAAAUAAGGAAACAACCCCUUCAGAUGACCUACAAGAAAGCAAUCAAAAUCUGGAGAAAGAAGUAGAAAAAGUACAAACCGAUGUUAAACAGAAAUUGAUAAAUGUGGAUCAAAGGGAGACACCAGAAGAACAAAAGGACAGGAAAGAAGAAAAGCACUUAGAUGAAACAGAACCAGGAACAUCUUUGAAGACUGGUCUUUCUGAUUCUAGCUUAAUCCUCACAGGAUUUGAGAAGGAAGUGCAGAGCUGUGGUAAGGAUUUGAUUGAAACCACUCAUCCAUCCAUGGAUCAGGACCUGGUGCAGGUGACAUGCUGUGAGAGAGACCAGACACAAGAUCAGACAAUAUUUAGUGAAUUGGAUUUGGCACCUGCUUUAAAUAUUAAGUUCCAGCCUACAGAGCUACAACAACCACAGGAAUGCAUUGAAGCUGCAGAAACAGUGGAAAUUAGAGGUUUAGAGAGGUAUGAUGAUGUUUCUAUAAAAGAACCCAAGGUUAGCUGUCCUGGUUAUGAAGUGCAGGCCAAUGGGAUUUUGGAAAGUAGAGUUGAAUCUGAGAACUCCUGUAGUAGUUUUGGGAAGUUGGAAAAUGUCACGUUGCUGAUGGAGCACAACAAUAUCAUUACCGAGGGUGAUGGGCAUCUUGAUGGUAAGCAAAAUCGAAGUGAACCCAGUAUCAAACCAACAGACUUUAGAGAAGAUAGAAACCAAGCAAACCAGAUUAAGUUGGACAAUCAAGAAAAUAAAUUCCUGAGCAUUUCAGCAGCUCUUGAAAAUACAGAGCUCAACACUGAGCUGAAAGAAUUGCCAGUGUCUUUCAUUCAAGAUUCACAAGAAAGUGAGGGCAAACCUCACUUGGGGCAAACAAGUGAAUCACAGGUCAGUGAUAAACCUGGAUGUCUGGAGGAAGUCGUACCUGACCUCUGUAAAGCUGUUGAACUUGCCAACGAUUUGUCUAAGCCAUAUGAGAAUUCUAGCACCUCACACCAUGAACACAAAACAGAGGAUCAAUGUUUCAGUGCUAUCACCUUUGGCAAGAACAAGUGUACUGAGGAGUGCACUGGUGUUCAGGUUGAGGCUAUACUGCCAUCUGUUUAUAGAACUCCUGUUGAGAAAGUGGAGAGUGAGAGUGUUGUUGAUGUCUCUCAAGACCUGGGCAAUGAAGAGCUGACAAAUAAAGCUCAAAUUCACAAAAUAGAACUCCCUUGUACACCCCUUCAAACUGAGACCUUGGCUUUGGUGAUGGAGCAACAUAAUGAGGCAUCACUGGAUCCCAAACAUUCACAAAACAAAGACUGGCAGGAUGCAUUUGAUUCUGAAGCACAGCAUACUGAGUCACAAGACCUCACAAGUCCAGGAACUGAAGAGGAGGCCAAAAAUAAGAAGAUACCAACAGUUAUUUCAGGAGGGGUCAAGCAGAUGGAGCACAGGAAGGAAGAGAUAAGUGGAUGCAAAGAAGAGGGAAGAGAGAAUGAGACAGCAGAGGGCAGGAAACUCGCAGAGAAGUCUGAAAGGCCUGAGACUAGGCCCGCAGAGUGUGAUCUUAGAGACAUAAAAGAAGGAAAUGAGAGAAAAUUGCCUGAACACAACAACUCGGUUUCCUCGGUUUCCUUCACAGUCAAAACAAGUGAUGGCACUGAUCUUCUUAAAUCAACUGUCAGUGAUGGCUUGCAGACUGAACAGGAAAGGGAGUUAUCAUCAAGCCCCAAACUCACUGUUGUUGCCACGGCGUCAAGCUCACAGGACCCUUCCCAGACAUUACUCAAUGCUAAUGCAGACUCUGGUCACGAGGCUGCCAAUUCCUUUAUUCAGACUAUAGGUGAAAGUGCUUCAGAGGUAUUGAAAACAGAACAUGGCUCAAACAAUGGAGAAGUGGACUUCACUUUAUUCAGCAAAGUAGUUCAGAAGGAAAAGGCUGAUGGCGAUGAAUACACUGAAUAUGUAUCAACAAAUGAAGACAGGUCAGUUACUCCGAAGACUAGGGCAUUAUCGGAGGAAGAUGUUUCAGACAGCCCAGGUGCAGCUGUUAGUCCUUUAGAACUGAAUCAAAAACCAGUGAGCACAGAAGAAUCAUGUGAGAGUACAGACUGGCUCAGAGAACUGAAAGAGGCGGCCUCUAUAUCUCAGACUCAACAGAAAUAUAAGCUUGAGAUGCCUUGUGGAUCUGCAGAUAACAGACCUUUUGGGACUCUUGACAAACCUCAGGCUGAACUAGCGUCUGAUUCCCCUACUAAAGACAGUGACUCUGUAGUAAAGGAGCAGCCAGAGGAUCCACCAGACAGCAGGCCACUGCUGUCAGACUCACCUGAUGGGAGUGAGUCUGUCCUUUCCUUCCCCCCACCUCCUGAGGAGGACACAUUGCCGCCUGCUCUCCCUGCUCACCUGUUUUGUGACAGUGCUGAAUUCCCCACCCCGCCACCCACACCCCCAGAGAGCGCUCCUCUAGAGCCCGAACCUGAGUCUGCACCUCCUGUUUCUCCCUCUGACCCGGACCAGGUCCCAAACGCUGCAGUAGUCCUACCUCAGCUCCAGCACGAAAAGCAGCCAGGCCUUCCAGCCAGGAGCUCAGACUCUGAUGGCACGUUUGAGACCCCAGAAUCCACCACCCCGGUGAAGACCGCAGCUCCUCCAAUUCCCUCAGUUGAGCAGCCAGAGCCUAUCACGCAGCCUCUGACCUCUACAGACACAGACUCCUGUCCUUUGCCUGCUUCUACAGAAGAUGCUUGUGCUAGUGAGGUGCUAGAUCCUCCAUCUUUCCAUCGCUCUGUUUCCACUGUCUUUGAUGAAGACAAACCCAUAGCAAGCAGUGGCACCUACAACCUCGAUCACAUCCUUACCACUGAGCCCUUAUCAGCACCAGCAUUUGAUUUGGGCUCAUCAGGGCUAGAGAGUCGUACACCCCUAACCCGCUCACUCAGCUUCCAGUCUGGGGAGUUAGACAGCUCUAGCCCUGGAGAUAGACCUGCAGGGGGAACCUCUGACAGAUCCACUCAUCCUCGUUCGGAGUCUUUCAGUGUAGGUACGGAGAGUGCCCCUGGGACUCUACGACGGGUCAAAAAGCCUCGACCAGUCUCUCUGAAGAAAAAGCCUCUUUCCAGGCAGAACUCAAACCCUGAGAGUGCCACUUCCAGAACUGUCUCAUCCAGCAGUACCCCAGAGGUGAACAAGAAAGGGAAGCCUCUUGCAGAAAGUCCUCUACAAACACAAGAGGAGAAAGAGUGUCCCCCGGCCUCUCCCAGCCCCAGCCCAAGCCCUGCUGGCACUCUCAGACGGACCAGAAUCAAGUCUAGAGUAGAGAGUCCUCCACCUGUAGUGGAGGAGUGCAGCCCUGCUCAAGCACCAGUGGCUGCAAAAGCACAGGAAGAGAUUUUACCAGUUUCUGAGGAGGACUCCCCCAUCCCUCCCAGUGCCGCUUACAAAUGGGACCCAGAUAACUUUGAAAACAUUGACCCCUUUUGCACAGGUGGCAGUAAGCUUGCCAACUCUCCUAUCUUGAGUAGGAAAGCUGACUUUGUUCCUGCCCCUGACUCCACCCCUAUUCCUACAGAGGAGCCCCCUGCUGCUCCUGCACCUCCCUCAGAGAAAGCCCUCAACAUUGAGGAGCAGCCAAUCACCAAGCGGCAGUCUGUCAGACUGGAGUUUGAUUAUUCAGAGGAGAGUGGAGAUACACCACAGGACAGUCCUCUGCCUACCAAAAAACUGGGCAAGAAGCAAGGGGCCAAGAUGCCUCUUAGAAAACCAAAGCUGGGGAUUAAGAAAGCCCCCCCACAAACUGAGCAGUUAAGCAACACAUCUGCUGCAGUCCAUUUAAAUGACAAUGAUGACAUUCCCAUUCCCAAAGCUUCCUACAACUUCGAUCCUAGCAAAUGGGAUGAUCAUAAUUUUAACCCUUUCUCUUCAGGGAAAGGCAUCCCUAACUCCCCUCCCCAGUCCAGGGCAAGCUACAGCUUUGAUCCAGACUCGUUUGAUGACUCCGUUGACCCAUUUAAGUCGUCCAACAAGAUAGGAAAUUCACCUCCAAAAGUGGCAUCUUUAGAAGUGUCCAGCAAUGACAAUGAAAAUGACAAUGACAAUGUUGAUGAGCUGGAGGAUCAAAACCAGAAUAAACCAGCCAAAAUCAAGAAAAAGCCCCUCAAAUCUAAUACAUUUAGAGUGAAGAAGUCACCAAAGAGGUCACCUCUGUCUGAACAGGUUGCACAGGACUCCUCUGGCGAUGCCAUGCCUGAUCACCUUCAGGACCAUGCCACAGAUGAAGAGAAACUGGCGUCCUCUACCAAUCAGAAAUGGGCAGCUCGACAUGACGUGCAAGUGGAGUUGACGUCUGACAUCCAGGACUUUCCACAACCCUCUGACCUCACUGCCUUUGUCAAUGAGAGCAGCUUACCAGCACAGAGCCAUGACUAUGAGAUUGAAUACAUGGAGAAGAUUGGAACUUCCACCCCACCAUUGUCAGUGAAAAAGCCAUCCCUCUACUUAAAUCUGGAUUCAGUGACAGACAGUACAAACCAGGGAUCCAGUAUGCACCACUCAGGACCCAACUCCCCCUGUACUGGGAGUUUUGAGGAAAUGGAAGCUAAGAUCUCAAUGGAGGGAAAAUCACCUGUGUCAUCAUCUUGUGGAGCUCCAGAGCCCCUAACACUGGAGAAGAGCAAAAAGAGGGAAGUCCAUUCCCACAGCCGGGCACAAAGCAGUGAGAAAGAUGGAAUGUCCCCCUCUCAAAGUCCUGGGGACCCCGCAGAUCUGUCCCUCUUAGACAGGCUGAGUGAGUCAGCCACCCCUCUCAGCUACCUGGAGCCUGACCUGGCAGAGACCAACCCCACUGCCUUCGCCCACAAACUGCAGGAAGAGCUAGUCCUCGCAGCUCUGAGGAUUGAGGCUCUGCAGGUAGCCCAAAACAUCUCUCAGAGCCCUUCUCUAUCCACUGUUUCCCCUCAGUCUCGGCUCAAGAAACCCAGCCCACGCUGCUGGAAUCUCGGCAGUUCAUCCACAGCUAAAGAGAGAGAGCUGGCCUCCCCUGGAGACAGUGGUGUGUCCAAAAGCUCCCUAUACUCCCGGACGGGGUACAGUGAAGCCGAAAGCCCUUAUCUCCCCCAAGACCUGGACCAUUCACUGGGCAUAGCGAGAGAAGAGAUUGUUGCCAAGGAAAAGGAAGUGCUGGAAUGGCAGAGAAAGUACGAGGACAGUCGACAGGAACUGGAAGAGAUGAAGAGAAUAGUUACAGAGUAUGAGAAGACCAUUGCACAAAUGAUUGAGGAUGAACAAAGGGAGAAGUCUCUGUCCCAUCACACCAUCCAGCAGCUUAUUCUGGAAAAGGACCAGGCACUGGCUGAUCUCAACUCAGUGGAGAAGUCUUUGGCUGAUCUGUUCCGCCGCUAUGAGAAAAUGAAAGAUGUUCUAGAAGGGUUUCGUAAGAAUGAGGAGGUGCUGAAGAAGUGUGCACAGGAGUAUCUGUCUCGAGUGCGCAAGGAGGAGCAGCGCUACCAGGCCCUGAAAAUCCACGCCGAGGAGAAACUGGAUAAGGCGAAUGCAGAAAUUGCUCAAGUGCGUGCGAAAGCUAAACAGGAGCAGGCAGCGUACCAGGCCAGUCUGAGGAAAGAACAGAUGAAGGUGGAUUCACUGGAGCGCACACUGGACCAGAAGAACAAAGAGAUUGAAGAAUUGACCAAGAUCUGUGAUGAGCUGAUUGCUAAAAUGGGGAAGAGCUAGCUGACUAUCAUAUGAUCCAUGCCCACAUAGGACAAUAUAUGAACUGAAAGAGAGUUGUAAAAACCAUUGUGCUGAUUUUGUCCUAUUGACUGCUGGACAGAACAACAGACUGUCCGCAAAAUCUUAAACACUACUGACAUUCUUCAAGAAACGGGGCUCCUGUUGACUAGGAGGACACUGGUCACUCUAUCACACCGCUGUAACUACUAACCAAGCAUUUUGAUGUUUUAUUGUACACCAGUUUACCUGUAAUCGGGGUUUUGUGGAUAUUUUUGAGAUGUAUUCCCCAUCAGUACAGAUAUUUUAUGAGAGUGUGUGUACAGUAUGUCUGAGAGAAAGAGAGAGAGAGAGAGAGAGAGAGUGAGGAUGAGUUUAAUUGCUAAUGAUGCCAUGACAGCCACUGAUGGAGCUGACUGUUACGUUAAUUUCUGUGGUAACCUCUUUGAACUUGAAAUCACAAGUGAGAAGAAAGACAUGUCUAUAUAUAUGAUUAUGAAAUGAUUAUAAACAUGCAUGUGUUAAUUUCUUUUUUUUGUGAAUAUGAGCUGAAUAUAGUAUAGGAACACAGAUGCAGGUUUUUGAUACUGUUUAAUCUGCUUCCUCAUGUAUCUUUGUAGAUACUCCCUAGUUUUGUUGCCUCUUAGCAAAACUGAUGUGCAAUUGUAUUUUCUGGGGUUUUAUUUUAAUAUGUUAAUAAGCAUAAUGUCCUCUGUCUCUGGUACUAAGAUAGCUAAAUUAAUUUGAUUAGGAUUGUCUCAGUCCUGCUCUGGUUGAUGUGACACAGUAGAUGUUUCCCUAAAGAGAAGCUCUACUUGGCUACACAGCACCUGCUUACAAAGUGCAAUAAAAGAUGGCAAUAAAC